AUGGCCCGUACCAAGCAAACCGCCCGCAAAUCGACCGGAGGAAAGGCUCCAAGAAAGCAAUUGGCCACCAAGGCUGCCCGUAAAUCGGCCCCAGCCACCGGUGGAGUCAAGAAGCCACAUCGCUACCGUCCAGGAACCGUCGCUCUUCGUGAAAUCCGUCGUUACCAAAAAUCGACUGAGCUCCUCAUCCGCAAGUUGCCGUUCCAGCGACUUGUUCGUGAGAUCGCUCAAGAUUUCAAGACUGAUCUUCGCUUCCAAUCGUCGGCUGUUAUGGCUCUUCAGGAGGCCGCCGAGGCCUACUUGGUCGGUCUUUUCGAAGACACCAACUUGUGCGCCAUUCACGCCAAGCGUGUCACCAUCAUGCCAAAGGACAUCCAGCUCGCUCGCAGAAUCCGAGGAGAAAGAGCGGCCACAAUUAUGAAAAUGAUUAAAUUCUUACAAAGAAUGCAAUAA